AUGCAUGCAAGAAACAAGAAGAAUAUAACAACAACAUAUGUCGGAGAUAGCAGUAGCAGUAUCAACAAUAUCCCACCUUCGACUGCUGCACUGGUCAAAGAUAACACAACAAGUGUAACUGAUAGGGAAAGAGAGUAUUUGGAAACAUUUGCAAGCAUUAAUUAUAGUCGACCAUCUAUUAUCAACCAAAUAGCUGUUGCUGAAGGUAUCUCUACAACUAGAGCAAAGCAUUUGAUUGAAUCUCAAUUCUACUCUAAUUUAAUGGAAUAA